CUGAAAUGAAAAUUUAUGGGGAGCCGCCAAUAAGCGUUUCGGCUUCAUAGACCGGGGGUGAAUUUUAGGGUAGAUAGACCAGACCGCUUGCCGACUAAAUGGAAAAUCAAUAUUACUAUCAUCCGACCCCAUGUGACUAGGGGCUGCUACUUUCAGUGUUAUUCUUUAAUGUGCGAAAACCGGUUUUGGCGCAAAGCAAAUUCAAAUACGAAUAACUGUUCAAGGGCACAUUGUGCGUUAAAAUUUUUGAAAGUAGGAAUUUUAAUACUCGAUUUUAGUGAAUUUUUGUGCUAAGUGUCGCUCAAAUUAUCAACAGGUAGAGCCUAGCAUGUCUUGUUCUGAACUUGUUCUUACUUAUCGAAUCGUAGCUUUAAUUACUGUAGACUCAUACUAAUGUAAAACUCAUAUGGCAGAAUAAAAGCAACAUAGUUAUUUAGAUCCCCCUAUAGUUGCUAAAAAGUAGACUAAAUAAUAAGUAAUAUGGCUCGUUGAUCACCCAUAAGUAUUUUGGUUUAUUGCCAAUAUGCAAUCAAACACGGGCCCACCAUCUAGAGACGUCAUCAGGCUUGAACCUCUGGGAAAAUUUAAACAAACUCAGAAUGGCAACAUCCGAUCACAAGGUACAAAUCAUGCUCAAAUCACCCACUCCAUCUGUCAAUCAUCUCCUCUUAUACAUAACCCCUGUGACACAGGCGGUGUUGCAGGAACUGAUAGCCCAACUGGCCAACCCCAAAAGAAGACGCUUUAUGAAAAUAAUGGGGUGGCUGCCUGUAGCCACAACAGAGCUCUCUGCAUUGCUACCAUCGUCUUUGCUCUUCUUUUCACUAUUGCCAUUAUCAUCGCUUUCACUGGACCACAAAGUGCUUUAUUUACAGACUGCACAUGUGCCGGGGAGAAACCACCAAAUUACGUGGACGAAGAGUCAAACCUGACAAGAACUUUCAUUCCCAGAGCUACAAAUGGACAAAUCUUCCCUUGGAACAACGUUCGUCUUCCUACCACCCUGAAACCUUCUAGAUAUAACUUAACAAUCCAUCCCAACAUAACGACUUUAGAAGUCAGGGGACAAAUAUCCAUUGAAUUCCAUUGCGAAAAAGAGACUAACUUCAUAAUUUUACAUAGUCAUAAUAUGACGAUAUUAGAUAAAAUAAUUCAAGAUAGGCGAGGGCAUAAUUUGACAAUUGUCAAAAUGUUAGAAUAUACUAGAGGGCAACAACUUUAUAUGGAAAUAAAAGAAAAGUUUAAGAAGAAGCACAACUAUACAUUAAAAAUUAGAUUUAAUACUAAAUUAAAUAAAGAACAAGAAGGGUUUUAUAUAUCCAGUUAUACUGGUCUGGAUAGUGAAAAAAAAUAUUUGGCUGCAACGCAUUUUGAACCGACUUAUGCACGAACUGCCUUUCCAUGUUUUGAUGAGCCCCAUUUUAAGGCUAAAUUUAAAUUAACUAUUUUCAGAGAUAGAUUUCACAUAGCGCUUUUCAAUACACCAGUAGUUAAUACAGAUGAUCUUGGGUUUUACAUGGGUACCGGAUUGCUAAGGGACGAUUUUCAAGAAACCGUACCAAUGAGUACCUACUUAGUAGCAUUUAUUGUAUGUGAUUAUACAAAUUUAAGAAAUCAAACCGAUAGAGGAGUUUCAGUGUCCGUUUAUACACCACCGCCAUUUAAAGCUAAAGCGAGAUUCGCUUUAGAUAUUGCCAGCCGUUCCUUGGACUAUUUUGAAGACUUUUUUGGAAUACCCUAUCCUUUGCCAAAGUUGGAUCUGGUCUCUAUACCCGGAUUCUUGGAAGACGCAAUGGAAAAUUGGGGCCUAAUCACUUAUCGCGAAACGACUACUUCUUAUAGCUCCAAAGAACCAUCUACUUCCAUCGAUCAAUGGAUAACGACAACAAUUACCCAUGAGAUUGUGCAUCAGUGGUUUGGAAAUUUAGUAACAAUGAAAUGGUGGACAGAUAUAUGGUUAUAUGAAGGAUUUACAACAUAUUUACAAUAUCUAGGUGUUAAUAAUUAUUAUCUGGAAUGGAAGAUGAUGGAUCAAUUCAUUUUGGAUAAAACUCAGCCUGCCAUGACAUUAGAUGCGUUAGUCAGUAGUCAUCCAAUAAAUGUCGCUGUACACGACCCCUACGAAAUUAAAACUAUUUUUGAUACUAUUUCUUAUAGCAAGGCAGCCGCAAUUAUACACAUGCUGAGCACUUUUUUACAAGAAGAUACUUUACAAAAUGGACUUAACGAUUAUCUUUCUACAUACAAAUAUACAACAGCUGAAACCAAGGAUUUAUGGAAUACUUUUAGUAAAAAUGCUAACCAGACUUUAGAUGUGAAAACUAUUAUGGAUACAUGGACUCACCAAAUGGGUUUUCCUUUAGUGACAUUAACCAAAGAAGGAAACGAAAUCGUAGCUUCUCAAAAACGAUUUCUCCUAUCGGUAAAAACUGGAAAUGAUAGCUUACUGCCAAAAUCCAAGUAUGAUUACAAAUGGUAUAUUCCUUUAUCUUUUAUCACAAAUAACGAUAGUGAAGUUAACAACAUUUGGAUGAAUAUGACUGACGUAAGAUUUGAAGUCGAAGCAGAUUUAAAAUGGAUAAAAGCAAACAUCAAUCAGACAGGAUUCUACAGGGUAAUGUACGAAACAGAAAUGUGGCACUCUCUAAUCAAUAUCCUGAAGACAAACCAUACCAUCUUCAGUGCUGCCGACAGAGCUAAUCUUAUUGAUGAUGCGUUUACAUUAUGCAGAGCUGGUCUAUUGAAUGCAACAAUACCACUGGAAUUAUCCACUUAUUUAAUAAAAGAAAAAGAUUACGUACCAUGGGCCACUGCAAUAGGUCAUUUUGAGAAUUGGGCUAGAAGAAUGUCAGAAUCACUGCCAUAUAAACUAUUUUUGAAUUAUAUGAGAAAUCUAUUGCGUCCUAUCUCUAACUAUGUUGGAUGGAAGAAUUCGGAUGACCAUGUAAAACAGCUUUUGCGAGCCAAAGUAUUAUCAGCAGCUAUUUUAUGCGAAUUAAACGAAACAGUAAACGAAGCCAAAUCAAUAUUUCAAAAAUGGAUGGUUCAUAAUAAAACAAUUGAUCCCAACUUAAAAGAAGCUGUCUAUUCUGCUGGCAUAAAGUUCGGUGGAAUGACCGAAUGGCAAUUUUGUUGGAAUACUUAUAAUAGUUCACAAAUACCAAGUGAAAGGAGAUUGCUUUUAAAAGCACUUGGACAGCCUAGAGGUGAUCCUUGGUUAUUGCAAAGAUAUCUAAUUGAAACGCUGGAUAAAAAUACCAUUAAACCAGAAGAUGUAAAAAUAGUAUUGGCCGUGGUUGCAGCUAAUCCAGAAGGUAAACUAUUAGCUUGGAGACAUUUGAAAGCUUACUGGCCAACGAUGCACUCGCUUUUUGGAAACUCAACUUCCAUGAUGGGUAGUCUCAUAUCGGCGGUUACUGCAUAUUUAUCUACCCCUUAUGAUUAUUAUGAAGUCACAACGUAUUUUAACGGUAUGAACGUCGAAUCGGCCUCAAGAGCUUUAGAACAAAGUUUGGAAAUCAUCCAACUGAACAUAAACUGGCUCAAUAAGAAUAAAGAAGACAUUUAUACUUGGUUGCGCAGAAAAGUUAAUUAAACAAACUUUUUAUUUAUUCGAUUGACGAAUCUGAUAAUCUAGUCAAUAUUAUUUAGGUAAAAUAUUUUUUUUCCAGACAGGAAACUAUCUCAAACAACCAACGCCUAAUUUUUUAUGUUAGAGAAUAGAAUAAUUAUUAAGAAUUUUUGAUAUAUACUGUUUGACAAAAAAAACGCAUCACCCCAUAGAAGUAUAAAUAUUUAUUAACCAAAUUUUCUACAUAAUAUGCUUGGGCUAUUAAAAGUAAAAUUUAAUUUAAAAAAAAUAAAUAUAAAAAUAAAGUAACAUUUUAUCAAUAGGUAAUUGUUAUUUUUUACACCAUUAACAUAUGUAGAAAAUUUGUUAAAAAAGAUACACUUUUAGUGUUUUUUUUGUCACAUAGUAUAUUUUUCAGUAGUAUUAAUUACAAAGCUUCUUUUAUGUAAAUUGAUAAAUGAUUUUAUACCUGUUUGUAUAUAUUUUUUGUCAGGUUUGCCCCUAUGCGGCUUAUGUAUGCACAAAUCUUAUGAUCCAGAACCAUUAUUUGUUCUUAAAGCUGAUUCGUCCAUCGAAUUCCCAACAUAGAGACAUGUUUUACUUGUGAUGUUUCAAUUUAUCAUGCUUUCGUUCGUAACUUUUCUUAUUGAUUAAUAUUUUUCUAUUUUUAUAACUGUAUAUAAGGAACAAAAAUAGACGUGCUAUUAAAGUAUUAAAUGGUUGGACAAUGUUAAUAAAUAAUUAAAUGUGAAUUAAAAUAUUAUUUUUAUACUAGACGGAAAAAAAGAACAUUUGAAAUAUUGCCUUCUUGACUCUUGUAUAGUAUCAUAGUACCUACCUAUCUAUAUUGUACUUUUUUUUAUACCAGUUUACCUACAGAUAUUAUUAGGUACCUAUAUAGUUAUUACAGUCCAGUUCUAUCCUUUUUGCCAUAUAUUGUAUGUAACUUAAUUUAUUAUUUAGUGUACCUAACUACAUGAGUAUAUGUUAUUCUAUAUUUUAUAAAACAAAAUAUAUUUUCCAGUUCCUACAUU